AUGACUUCCGUCGAGACUCAACUCAAGGAUGUGGCCAUCCUUGGCAGCAUUCCCAAUGAUGCCCGUAAGAUCCUGACUAAGGAGGCCUGCGCUUUUCUGGCUAUCCUGCACCGUACCUUCAACCCCACCCGCAAGGCCCUGCUGCAACGCCGUGUCGAUCGCCAGGCCGAGAUCGACAAGGGCCACCUGCCUGACUUCCUCCCCGAGACAAAACACAUCCGUGAGAAUGAUGCAUGGAAAGGUGCUCCUCCUGCCCCCGGUCUGGUCGACCGCCGUGUGGAGAUCACCGGACCGACCGACCGGAAGAUGGUGGUGAAUGCGCUCAACUCUGAUGUCUGGACCUAUAUGGCCGAUUUUGAAGACUCAAGUGCCCCAACCUGGGACAACAUGAUCAAUGGACAGGUUAACUUGUACGAUGCCAUCCGUCGUCAGGUCGACUUCAAGCAGGGCGGCAAGGAAUACAAGCUCCGCACUGACCGUACCUUGCCUACCCUCAUUGCUCGCGCUCGAGGCUGGCACCUGGAUGAGAAGCACUUCACCAUUAACGGUGAAUCCAUCUCAGGUAGUCUCUUCGAUUUCGGUCUCUACUUUUUCCACAAUGCCAAGGAGCUCGUCGCCCGUGGUGCCGGUCCUUACUUCUACCUGCCCAAGAUGGAGUCUCACCUCGAGGCCCGUCUCUGGAACGAUGUCUUCAACCUGGCUCAGGAUUACGUUGGUUUGCCCCGUGGAACCAUCCGUGGUACUGUGCUCAUUGAGACCAUUACUGCCGCCUUCGAGAUGGAUGAGAUUAUCUACGAGCUGCGCGAUCACAGCUCCGGUCUGAACUGUGGCCGCUGGGAUUACAUCUUCUCCUUCAUCAAGAAGUUCCGCCAGCACUCCAACUUUGUCCUUCCUGACCGUUCAGAUGUCACAAUGACUGUCCCCUUCAUGGAUUCAUACGUUAAGCUGCUUAUCAAGACCUGCCACCGCCGUGGUGUCCACGCCAUGGGUGGUAUGGCCGCACAAAUUCCUGUGAAGAAUGACCCCGUCGCCAACGACAAGGCUAUGGAGAGCGUCCGUGCUGAUAAGCUCCGUGAGGUGCGUGCUGGCCACGACGGCACAUGGGUCGCUCACCCAGCGCUCGCUUCUAUUGCCUCCGAAAUCUUCAACAAGUACAUGCCUACCCCCAACCAACUGUUCGUUCGUCGCGAAGAAGUCUCCAUCACCGCCAACGACCUUCUCAACACCAAUGUUCCGGGAAAGAUCACCGAGGAAGGUAUCCGCAAGAACCUGAAUAUUGGUCUUAGCUAUAUGGAAGGCUGGCUGCGUGGUGUCGGCUGUGUCCCUAUCAACUUCCUCAUGGAGGACGCCGCUACCGCUGAGGUGUCCCGUUCACAGCUGUGGCAGUGGGUGAAGCACAAUGUCUCCACCGUUGAGGGCAAGCGUGUUGACAAGGCCUAUUCUCUGCGUCUGCUGCAAGAGCAGGCCGAUAGCCUUGCGGCGAGCGGUCCAAAGGGUAACAAGUACCAGCUUGCGGCGCGGUACUUUGCUGGCCAGGUGACUGGUGAGGAUUAUGCCGAUUUCCUGACUACACUACUGUACAACGAGAUCUCAUCGCCUGGUUCCGCUGCUAAGCUGUGA